CGAAAGCGUCGAUAACUCGAGAAUGUAAGAUCGGCGCUUAAAAAAAUAACGAUCAUGUCCGAAAACGAACGAAAACAGAUAAUAUAACGCGAAUGGGGGUAUGAUGAAGAAACCACCGAUUGCAAACGAAAAGUGAUUUCACUUUCAUAUAUUCGAAAUUUCUUUACCAAAUUGACAUUAAUUUCUUCAGCAAAUCUUGGUUGUGAUAAUUCUGGUGCUAUACUAAGGCCAGCAUAAGUUUUUACUUCUCUGGGUACCCCCACUCCACGCAGUUACCACUUGUAACCAUGUCCCCCACUCCUAAAAUCAAUGUUAAAACUUAUGCUGACUUCAGUAUACUUCGAGUGUUAUCAAUAAACACCUGCGAUUGUUUCCUACACCUCGAGUAAAACGGCCAUCAAUUGGAUGAUUGAAAGAUAAUCAUGGCAAACGGAUAUUCAAGUGGUCCUAGAUUGUCAGUCCGUGACAGCUUCGACGAUGAGGAAUUGACAGACAUUGACGAUGAGGUUUUCAUUAGAGAUGGCAAGAGGGGUGGAAUCCUUAAGAUUAAUGAUGAGAGUGGAGUAAAAAGGCCCCUCAUGGCCCCUCGAAGGAAACAAAAAUUGGGUCAUCCGCAAACUCCUCUAUCAUUUAAAGCUUUCCUCAUCCCUUUGUGCUACGGUUUGAUGGCACUCAUUGUCCUACUAGGCUUGAUGUUACUCUGCAUCCUGACCAUCAACAUCUUUCCAGUGCCAUUUGGCAUAUUAAAAAAUGUAUUUUCUGGAGGAGUGACUCUGGAAGUCACCAUAACAAAAGCCAGCAGGGAGAAUGAACUUCUUCCAUGUACUUCUUUGGCCACCAGUGUUCUGUGGAUGAGGACAAUGCCCAAAUUGACGUCAGAGGCUCCUCUCCGGAGUCUCGAUGUCAAUACAGAUGGCAUUGACGACAUUAUUCUUGGCUUCAGUACAGGAUUAGAUGCAUUAGAUGCACCGGAGUUCCUCUGCAAUCUCUACUUCGAGGGCCAAAUCCCAUGUUUAGGUGGAGUAAUGGCUUUAGAUGGAAAAUCAGGAGAGACCCUGUGGACUCACUGGACAAACCACGCAAUUUUCUCUAUCGACUGCACAUCAGACUUGACAAAAGAUCAAAUGAAAGAUUGCAUUAUCACAGGCCGUGGAGGGAUCCUUCAGGCAAUAGAUGGGAGAGAUGGGAAAACUCUCUGGGAGUUGCCGGCCCAACAGUACUCCAUUGCAGAGGAAAAAAUUAUUCUCAAUGUCUAUGAUGCUAGAAGCAUGACUGAUGUCAAUAAAGAUGGAAUUAGCGAUAUUAUAGUGUCCCAUACAACUCAAGCUGGGAGCCUUCGAUCCAGCCGAGUGAUUCUUCUAUCCGGAAAAAAUGGAACAGUGAUAAAGAGUAUUGAUUUCUCAAAGGAAGAGCAACUGUUCAUUGCUCCUCAGAUUCUGGUACACCCUGAUGGAGAGAUCAUUUAUAUAUUGUCUUCCUGCACUCCCAAUCAAUCGGGUGGAGUUUACAUUAUUUCUCAACAUGAUUUGUUACAUGGAAAUUUGAAACAAAAAAGGCAAGUGCAGCACGGUCAAGGCAAGGGAGUUCUCCUUCCUCCCAUUCUAGUCGACUUAACCCUCGACGGAACUGAAGAUAUAAUUACGGUAGGUCUGGAUUCAACAAUAACCGCAUACAAUGGUUUAAACUUUCAGCCCAUAUGGAAUUACACUGUUCCCCAGUCCGAAGUAAUAAGUAUUCCAAUACCUGGUUACUACGACGAUGACAAUGUUCCUGAUAUAAUGGUAAAACAUCAGAUAGGGCCUGGAUUCCCUGUGUAUUACCAUUCCCUUACAACUAUCUUGAGUGGAAAAACAGGACAACCUUUUCUGGAGACUCCCAUUAAGGACAACGCUAAUGGGCAAAUGUCAGGUUUGUCAAUUUCUGUCGAUGGACUUGGAAACGACUGGUUUCUCCACUGGUCUGCCAAUUGCAUGGAUCAGAACGUCAAUGAGAACAUAAAUGAGAAAUACCGAUUUUUAAAUGGCCAGACACUUCUCUCUCAAAGUAGAGCUGACUUAUGUAAAUUGAGGUUUAAUACAACACUCAGCAUGAGACUAUCAGCAAUGAGUCAGCACGUGGGUCCUCCUGGCCAGAGUAUUUACUUCUCUGAUGAUUGGAAAGCAGUGGAGUUGAACAAUUCUAUCGAUCCUAGAAAAGAAACGGAGAAAUAUAUGUUCUCCAAUUAUGAAAAUACUCUAGGAAACAAGGAGAUUCCUCCAAUGCCCCAAAGAUUACCAAGAAUAGAAAUUGGAGAGGUUAAAACUGAUAUUUUCAAGAACCAAGAGAGUCAGGGACAAGAUGACCAAAGUGAAUACAUCCUCAAGCCAGAUGAAGAAAAAGAUUUGAACUCGGAGAAUCUCUUGAACGAAUUUCCAGGGUAUAAAAAAGAACUAACCGAUUUCGCCAAUCCGGAAUGGAGCCCCAACUUCUGGAACAUCGCUAUGGAACCAGAUUCUCCCGGAGAGGAGAUCAGGCCUAUUGAUGAACAUAAACAAUUCAGUUUUUUCGGACAGAGAUCGAAAAGGUUCUUAAUUCCCAUGAAACCGAGGAUUCAUCUGAUCGAUUUAAAAAAACGAUUCGGACGAAGACGUUCCAACAGACGACCAAAACGCAGUACAUCUGCAGAGGAUAAUGGAGAAAAGAAUGUCCAGAGACAGCCACCAACGGGAAUUUUAUUGCCAUCGCUUGCAAAAGACGAUAAGACGACUUCAAUUGAUCUGAUCUUCUCGACUUAUUGGCUUCCUCCCUCUGAAGUCUCUCUCGUAUUGCUCCAGCAGGAUCUCGAGUGUAUCAGGCUAAGGCAAGAGAAGAUCAUGGAGAAGAUGGAACUGAAUGAGAGAGAAAGUAUUAUUUCUGGAUGUCUGGCUGAGAGAGGAAUCAACUACAAAUUGUACAGAGAAGGUUUGGAUAGAGAAAACUCCAAACUGGCACUGGGACAGAUGACUAUUUAUAGAAUGAAAUUGCAGUGCGUGUGUCCUGAAGAUAUGUUGGAGGGCCAGUCCUGUAAGAAUAUUUCUAUACAUCAGAGCUGGUCAGAGCAAUUGGGAGUAUCCGGGAAUGGCUAUUUCCGUUAACGUAUUUAUUCAGUUUAAAUCAUCGUAAUUAUUGAUCGAUCAACUGAUUCAUUUGCGAAUUUCAGGGCUUGAUAAAAUAUACUUGUUCAAAUUUUUUUCGACUUUCAUCCGUAAGCCCUGUGCUAUGCGUG